AUGGCGACCUCGUCGGCGCCGCUGCUCCCGAAGCCCGCGCACCCAACUCCGUCCUCUGCUUCGCUCCCCACUACGAAGCCCAGGUUCAGGCGACAGCGAGCCACACCCGAACAGCACGACCAACAUGUCGACGGCAAGUGGAGGAGGGACCCGAGCGGCCCGCCCCGGCGUGGUGGGGGAGCCAAGAGGCGCCUGCGCAGCCUCGUCCUGCGCGGGGAGAUCGAAGACGCCCUCGCACUCGUCGAUUCCAUGUCCUCCGGCGGCAGCGGGAAUCGCCCGCCCGCCGUCCCCUGCAACAUCCUCAUCAAGCGGCUGUGCUCGGCCGGCCGCGUGGCCGACGCGGAGCGCGUGUUCGCGGCGCUCGGCGCCUCCGCCACCGUCGUCACCUACAACACCAUGGUCAACGGGUACUGCCGCGCCGGCCGGAUCGAGGACGCGCGCCGCCUCAUCGGCGAGAUGCCGUUCCCGCCGGACACGUUCACGUUCAACCCGCUCAUCCGCGCGCUCUGCGUCCGCGGGCGCGUCCCCGACGCCCUUGCGAUGUUCGACGAUAUGCUCCACCGGGGCUGCUCCCCGAGCGUGGUCACCUAUAGCAUCCUCCUCGACGCCACCUGCAAGGCGAGCGGCUACAGGCAGGCCAUGGUGCUCCUUGACGAGAUGCGCGCCAAGGGCUGCGAGCCAGACAUCGUCACCUACAAUGUCCUCAUCAAUGCCAUGUGCAAUGAGGGCGAUGUUGAUGAAGCACUCAGUGUCUUGCGCAGCUUGCCGUCCCGUGGAUGCAAACCUGAUGCUGUCACCUACACACCUGUGUUGAAAAGUUUGUGUGGCUCUGAACAGUGGAAGGAGGCUGAGGAGCUCUUGGCUGAGAUGGCCAGCAACAAAUGUGCCCCAGAUGAAGUGACAUUCAACACAGUAAUCACUUCUCUGUGUCAGAAAGGCUUGGUUGAUCAUGCAAUUAAAGUUAUUGAUCGUAUGUCAGAGCAUGGAUGCAUCCCAGAUAUCGUCACAUACAGCAGUAUUCUUGAUGGUUUGAGCAAUGAAGGGCGUGUUGAUGAUGCAGUUGAAUUAUUAAGCACACUGCAAUCCUACGGGUGCAAGCCUGAUAGCAUUGCAUAUACCACUGUUUUGAAGGGCCUGUGCAGCACAGAGCGGUGGGAGCAUGCUGAGGAGCUCUUGGCUGAGAUGGUCCGCAGUGAUUGUCCCCCUGAUGAAGUGACAUUCAACACAAUAAUCGCUUCUCUAUGUCAGAAAGGGUUGGUUAAUCGUGCAAUUAAAGUUGUUGAACAAAUGUUAGAGCAUGGAUACAUCCCGGAUAUUAUCACAUACAAUUGUGUCAUUGAUGGUUUGUGCAAUGAGAAGUGUAUUGAUGAUGCCAUGGAAUUGUUGAGCAAUCUGCAGUCUUAUGGGUGCAAGCCUGAUACAAUUACCUAUAACACUGUUUUGAAGGGCUUGUGUAGUGCUGACUGUUGGGAGGAUGCUGGGCAGCUCAUGGUCAAUAUGAUGCACAGUGAUUUUCCCCCAGACGAAACGACAUUCAACACAGUAAUAUCUUCUUUAUGCCAGAAAGGAUUGCUUUUGCAAGCAAUUGAAACUCUGGAGAUAAUGGCUGAUAACAGUUGCAUUCCGAACUCAACCACCUAUAACAUAGUAGUCGAUGCUCUUCUGAAAGCUGGAAAGACCCAGAUAGCCCUUGAGUUGCUGAGCGGCACGACAAUUGGUACCUCAGGUUUGACUACUUACAACAAAGUAAUUUCCAAUGUUGCCAAAGCUGGCAAAAUGGAGGAAGCUCUUGAUUUGUUGCGUGUGAUGGUCUCUGGUGGCAUUUGCCCGUAUACAACUACUUACCAAUCUUUAGCCUAUGGGAUCUCCAGAGAAGAUAGAACUGACAGGGCAAUCAGUAUGCUCUGCAGAGUGCAGGAUAUGGGCUUAUCACCUGACACUACAUUCUACAAUGCUGUACUUCUUGGUCUAUGUGAAAAUUGGAGGACGGAUAUUGCCAUUGAUUGCUUUGCUCACAUGGUGUCCCAUGGCUGCAUGCCUGAUGAAUCAACCUACAUUAUUCUCCUUGAGGCUCUUGCUUAUGAAGGUCUUUUGGGUGAGGCAGAAGAACUGCUAGGCGACCUGUCUUCUCGAGGAGCUUUAGAUAAGAGCUUGAUUCAGGAAGAAAGACGCUAUUCCUAAACUAAACUGAACAUGCAUGUAAUAGUGCCUCUGCUGACAGUAGUACAAAUGUGCUGUGCAAGCGCUGAAAUGUUUAUAUAUAUGUACAGUUGGGUAUGCUUCGCCUUGCAUUUCACAUGCACACUUUGUACCUUAGUUCAAAGUUUUCAUGCAAAGUAGCCCUCCAUCUUUCACCUUCCACUGUACCAUCCAAUAGGCAGCCCUGUUUAUCAAUGGCAGUUUUGAAGAUUUUUUUUGCCCUAA